AUGGCAUCGAAUGGAGCGUUGCCGCAGACUCUCAAGUCCAUCACCGCCACCAAAAUACAGGAACUUUCCAAACAACGCGUCAUCUUUGAUCAACAUAAGAAUGAGAUCCUCGCAGCUGCCAGUGCAGCAAAAGAUCUAGUCUCUCGCGCCCAGAUACUACUGGAUGGAAUCUCACGCUUGAAGGGCUAUCCCAAGGAAAUUCUCGACAUAGAUGACACGGACCUGGAUGCGGAUUCCGAAACAGACCAUGACCAUGUAUCCUCGGAGCCGGGUGCAGGACGAUUGCAACGAGCGGACCACGCGAACAUCCGUCGCUUCCUCUUGCAAAGUCGAUAUGACUCCUCCAUCUCACAGUCAUCGCUCCAGGCGCGAAUUUCCCUGCUUGAGAAAGAUCUGCGAUAUCUGGAAAUCAAACAUGGGCACGGUGCUUUCUAUAGCAACUUAGUCACCGAGUGGCUCUCGGAGUUGGAUGAACAAGCUACCCCCAACACGGAUGAAAAUGAUACAGACCAAUCCUCCAAGCCCGACUCCAGCCUUGAGCCCGCUGGCCGAACAGAGAUGCAUGAGCAACGUGCCACCUGGGAGUCUCUUGUGUUCAACUCUGCCACCCAUGUCAAGGAAGAGGCCAUUCACACCUACCUCUCAGGUCUCUUUACUCAGACUAAGCUCUCCCGGCAGGCUUUCACGAAGAUCCGAACCAAGAUCCAGUCAUUUGGCGCAGACCUACUGUCCAAGGGAUCAUGGUUCGAUGUUGACACACUCAAAUGGGUCUCUGAGGCGCUUCUCAAGACUGACCUGCUUAAUGACCAAAAGGCUGCGAUUUUGAAGGAAUUCAUGCGAAACAAAGAGGUUGCACAGGAAGUGGCUGAUGUACUCAACAUGCGGCUUGCCUCACUGGAGAGCUGGUCCUGGACCACUGAUGGCAAAGGAAUCCCCCUUGACAUGCGUCGUCAGCUCAAUGGAAAAUACCGCUUCUAUAUGGACGAAGAUCUUCUGGACGCCCUCUUGUUACAGUACCUGGGGACAAAAUGGGCCGUGAAGUUGAGAGAGGUAUUUGUGGAAUUCUUGCACUCUCGUGAAUGGAAGCCUUUGCGUGAAGAUGUCUCCGAAGAAUACAUCAACCGACGCAAAUUCAGUUUCGGCCGCAGUGGUAUCACAACCACCGGCAGGAUUAAUGAACUGCGACGCGCAACCUACGAGGAGGAUUACUUCAUGAGCCAGCUUCCUGAUUCGGAGCAGGAAGGUGCGCGAGACUACGACGGCGAAGACGAUUCACAGGGUAAGAACCCCCUGGACACUAAACAUUCUCUUCUCCACCUCCUGAUCACAGAAUCCAUCAUCCACAAACAUCAUCAUGGGGAGUUUACUGCCAUCCGGUCGGACUUCGAAUGGUUCGGACCCUCGAUGCCUCAUGCCACCUUGCUAGCUGUGCUGAAGUUCUUCGGGUUCUCCGAAACCUGGCUCAACUUCUUCAAAGCCUUCCUGGAGGCUCCUCUCAAAUUCACCCAGGAUGGCGUUAAUGGGCCCGUUCAAACACGCAAGCGCGGUCUCCCAAUGAGUCACACGCUCGGUGAUUGCUUUGGAGAAGUUGUUCUGUUCUGCAUGGACUAUACAGUCAACCAGCACGCAGACGGUGCGUUCCUCUAUCGACUGCACGACGACUUCUGGUUUUGGGGAGCAGAGAAGACUUGUGACAAGGCCUGGGACGCCAUGAAGCAAUUUUCUCAAGUUAUGGGGCUCAACUUCAACCAAGAGAAGACCGGCACAGUACGCAUGGGAAAAACGGAUGGUGAGAAGUCUUCGAGUCUUCCUCAAGGCGACAUCCGAUGGGGUUUUCUGGUUCUUGAUGCCGCGCAGGAACGGUUCAUCAUCGACCAAGCUCAGGUUGACCAACACAUCGAAGAGCUCUCACGGCAGCUUUCAUCAUGCAAGAGUGUGUUUGCCUGGGUGCAGGCAUGGAAUAGCUACUUCGGCCGUUUCUUCACGAAUAAUUUCGCCAAACCUGCCAUCUGCUUCGGUCGCGGCCACAUCGACAUGGCUAUUUCAACGCUCAACCGUAUUGAGCGAACACUCUUCAACAAGCCCGAGGAUUCCAGCCCCAGUAAUCAAGUGAGUGGCGUUACCGAAUACCUUCGCACUGUGAUCUCAGAGCGAUUCAAUAUCCAUGAACUCCCUGACGGCUUCUUCUACUACCCCGUCGAACUGGGUGGCUUGGGCCUCCUGAACCCGUUCAUCAGACUACUUGCAAUGCGGGAAAACAUCAAGACAACAGCCCGAAAGCUGCUUCACAAAGCUUCCUUGGAGGGAGAAGUUGCAUACGAGACGGCCAAAGAAAAGUUCAAGAGCAACGGUGGCGGAGACUCGACAGGGGUUGGUAUUGAAUAUGGACCCAGUGAUUUUAUGUCCUUCGAAGAGUACAGUCGAUACCCUGAAACCUUCAGUGGUCCUCUGAAGGAUGUAUACAAUCAACUCAAUGAGGUCCCGCAGGAGAAGAAGGUGCCUUUGACGCUCGGCUUCAGUAGGGAGCAGGAUUCUCUCGGAGAUGAUCUUUCAGAGAAAGCCUCUAUCAACAACCACUGGUCGAAAAUGACGCCCUACUGGUGCUGGGUGGCGGAGCUGUAUUACGAAGAGAUGGUUCAAACCUACGGUGGCUUGGCCGCAGUCAACCGCGAGUUCAUGCCUCUGGGCGUGGUGAAGACUCUGAGGGAGGGUAAAUUCAGAUGGCAAGGCUGA